AAAGGCUCCGCCCAACGAGCUGGUGAGGUCGCCUCCUAGUGGCAACCCCGCAACUCGCGGCCCCUAGAUGACCCUAGGGUCGCAGGGGUUAUGGGCACCUCGGAGGCUGCAGCGCCGCCGUUCGCGCGCGUCGCCCCCGCGCUCUUCAUCGGGAAUGCGCGAGCCGCGGGUGCGACAGAGCUGCUGAUGCGCGCGGGCAUCACUCUGUGCGUCAAUGUCUCCCGCCAGCAGCCCGGGCCGCGCGCGCCCGGAGUGGCAGAGCUGCGCGUACCGGUGUUCGACGACCCAGCUGAGGACCUGCUGACACACCUGGAGCCCACCUGUGCCGCCAUGGAAGCCGCGGUGCGCGACGGCGGCUCCUGUCUCGUGUACUGCAAGAACGGCCGCAGUCGCUCAGCCGCCGUCUGCACCGCCUACCUCAUGCGGCACCGCGGCCACGGCUUGGAUCGCGCCUUCCAGAUGGUGAAGAGCGCCCGCCCGGUAGCCGAGCCCAAUUUGGGGUUCUGGGCUCAGCUGCAGAAGUACGAGCAGACCCUUCAGGCCCAGGCCAUCCUGCCCCGAGAGCCCAAAGAUCCGGAGUAAGCCGCACCGUUCAGCUGCUGGGUGACCAAGUGUCUAUACUGAAAGGAAGUGUCCCCUCCCUCCUUUUUCUAUUAGGCAGCUGGCCUUGGGUGUUGCCCCAUCUUGAUUGUAGUACAGGAGCGUCUACUGAGUAGGGGGACUUCGUUUAUUCAUCAUGUUUGGACCAAAUCCAAACCAGCACGUUUUAGGUAGAGAAAUUGCGUGAAGGAUAGAGUCUGGGAAGCCUACGAACGGUUGAUAGCGAGUGAUAUAGAUCAGAGUCCUAGCUGCCUGCUCCAAGGGAGUGCCUGGGUUUGUAGGCAGAACCUCUCUGCCUCCUGAACUUCUGGUCCCUUAGAAAUGAACAUAGAGUCUCCCAGCAGGAGCUCAUGGGCCCACCUUUGGCUUACAGCUGCUGUGCCAUGGAAGGGAGACCGUGCAGACUGCAGCUGAGCAACUACAGCCGCCCACCUCCCACCUCGUUGCUUAACCUGUAUCAGCAUCAACGCCUGACCUAGCGUUGCCAAGCUACCAUUAUGUCCUGUGCGCUAUCUUCCCCAGCUGGUGGACAGGCCCAUCAGUUGCCACCUUGUGUUGAUUGCUCUUGUAGUUCAGACACAGCCUCUCUUAGACAUCUGCUUCCAUCAGCGCCCUGCAAAUGUAGCCACGAUUUAAAGUAGUAGUGGGUGGAAAACAAAGAACCUGGGCUCCGUGUGUAAAUUACAGAGGUGUGUCCACUGGUUGGCUAAUCAGUGAAUAAAUAAAGUGAAUAAAACCCCCGA